AUGCCGGCAAAGGCUAUGGUGCUCCAGUCCUUGGUUUGGGUCUACGGGGGCGGCUACAUUGCUGGUGACAAGGCAAAUAAUCCAGCUGGACUCAUCGCAGCUUCAGGCAACGCGACUAAUGGCGAUGUCAUAUACGUGGCGAUGAAUUACCGCCUUGGCGCCAUCGGCUUUUCAGCGGGCCCCUCAUUCAAUGCGGAGGGUGGGACAUCCAACGUCGCUUUGUAUGAUCAAAGGUUUGCUCUGGAAUGGGUACAGAAGUAUAUCCAUCUCUUUGGAGGCGACAAGAACCGGGUCACAGUGUUUGGCGAAAGUGCUGGAGGUGGCUCAAUCAUGCACCAAAUCACCGCGUACGGAGGCUUGAAAGGCAAAGCUCCAUUCCAGCAAGCAGUACCUCAGAGCCCUGGCUGGCAACCCGUCCAGUCGAACACCCAAACCGAAAACUCAUACCAGAAGCUGUUGCGCUUGACUAACAGCACUUCACUCGCUGACCUCCGAGCCCUGCCGUCCGAAGUUAUCAUGCGGGCAAAUGCACAGCAGAUUGCCUACGAUACAGGUUUUGGACAGUACAUCUAUGGUCCCGUUGUGGACGGCCUUUUUUCUCCACUUCAACCAGGCCAACUUCUGGCCCAAGGUCGAUUCGACAAAGAUGUUCGGGUCAUGGUUGGUCACAAUGCCCAAGAAGGACCAUUUUUCACGCCAGGCUACAUCACAUCCAACGAGGCCCUUGAGGCUCAGCUAAAAUCCGCGUUUCCUGGCGCACCGCAGUCCUCGAUCGAUACGAUCACACAGACCUUGUACCCUCCAGUCUUCGAUGGUUCCUAUCCGUACACUAGCCAGUAUGAACGUGCUGUUCUGAUCAACUCGGAAGGCAUCUUUACCUGCAACACGAAUUACUUGUCGACUGCGCUCGGCAACCAAACCUAUUCAUACCUGUUUGCUGUACCACCUGCACUCCACGGACAGGACGUCCCAUACACAUACUACGACGGGGGUGCAGCUCCUUCAAACGGGUUCAACCGCACAGUGGCGAUUGCGCUCCAAAAGUUCAUCACGAGCUUUGCAGAGCAAGGUAGACCUGAAGCAGAGGGCAUUCACCAGUUCAAUAUGUACGGGCCUAAUGCGGCUGUGCUGAAGCUCAACAUAUCCGGAAUUGACGAGGUGCGCGACAGCAAUGCGAAUGCGCGCUGCAGCUGGUGGCAGAAAGCUCUUCUCUACUGA